UUGGAGAUCACAACUCAAAAAAAACCUUAUUCGGUGCUUAUGUGGUGACUAUCUAGAUGCACUGGUCAUAAUGACGAAACGUUCACGCCUGAUGAUGUAAGCAGACAUUGUUGCCAAUCUCGUAUUGAUAAGAUCAAUAUUAUUUAAUCUCCGCUACCUCCCGCAACAAAAGAAUGGUCCAGUGCUUCUGAACUUGAAACUUAAGAUUUAGCAUCCGCUGUUGCCAACAAUUGAAUUCCCAACUCUUGAUCUGACGCGAUAGAACAUGCCAUACCUUAAACUUCGAGAUGGUGCCGAACUCUUCUACAAAGACUGGGGCACACCAAGUGGUCAAAUUGUAACCUUUUCACAUGGCUGGCCAUUAAGCAGUGAUAACUGGGAGAAUCAAAUGGUCUUUCUGGCCGAUCGAGGCUAUCGUGUUAUUGCGCAUGACCGCCGGGGACAUGGACGGUCAACCCAGACUUGGGAUGGUAAUAAUAUGGAUACUUUCGUCGAUGAUCUCCAGGAGUUGUUCGAGUACCUAAAUGUGAGAGAUGCGGUGAUGGUAGGACAUUCCCACGGUGGCGGUGAAGUCACACAUUUUCUCGGUAAACAUGGCACCAGCCGCGUUCGAAAAGCCGUGCUUGUUGGCGCCGUUCCGCCGUUGAUGGUUAAAACGUCUAAAAAUGCAGAGGGGACCGAUCUAUCCGUUUUUGACUCCUUCAGACAAGCCAUGCACAAUGACCGCGCCCAAUUCUUCUUGGAUGUUCCAAGCGGACCAUUCUUCGGCUUUAACCGUCCCAACGCCAAAAAGAGCGAAGGACUCAUUAGAAGUUGGUACCAGCAAGGGAUGAAUACCAGCUUCAAGAGUGCAUACGAUUGUAUCAAAGAUUUCUCAGAGACUGACUUCACUGAAGACCUUAAAAAGAUUAAAAUCCCUGUUCUCGUGCUACACGGCGAUGACGAUCAAGUUGUUCCCCUUCAGGCGGCAGGUGCUAAGUCUGUGAAACUUUUACCCCAGGGAAAGCUGAAAAUUUACCCCGGUGGCUCGCACGCGAUUCACAAUAUUAAUAUUGAUGAGGUGAACAACGACCUUCUUGAAUUUAUACGCGUAUGAACUGUGAUAUAUAAUAAUCUCUGCUUUACAUUGAUUAUUUUUGAUUGGUUUGAAUGCUCAUAAUCUUGUUGAAAAUGUUGAAUGUAAGAAGAGGGGUCGGAAAAUUUAUGUGAUAUUGUUGACACUAUAGCUCUGUGCUCCAUGGCUGAUAUACAGUAUUAUUUUCACUCUUUCAUAGUGUCUAUUUCAAUAGGUCAUUAAUACCAUAAUUUUAAAUGCAUUCAUUAAAA